AUUUGGAAUUCUCUUUAGAGUUGUGACUGGUUGAUUAGCUUUGAAACUAUUAGUUAAUUACAAUUGGUCAGUAGAAAGAUAAUUUAAAAUUACUUGGAUUCGUAUUUUUCUGCAUAGUUUUAGAAUAUCUCAUUUAGAAAAUACACAUAAAACGCCAAUGGAAGAUAUUAUUAAAGAAGCUGAUAAGUUAGUUGCACAAGGUCAAUUUCACAAAGUUUAUCAUUAUCUCAAAGCUUCAUUGAAAAAUUACGAUGAUGUUGAAUUAUUAUGGAGAUUUGCUCAAGCAUGUUAUCUUUGUGUUUAUUAUGUCACAAAUAAACCAAGUAAAGCAUUCUGUGAAACUUAUUUCUCAGAGGGGAUGAAUGCAGCUAAAAAGGCUAUGGAGAAAAACCCUAAUCAUGCUAAUUCCUUAACGUGGUAUGGUAUCUUAUGGGAUGAACACAGUAAUUUGAAAGGUUUCUCAGAAAGAUUCAAGAAUGUCUCACAGUUAUAUGACAUAUGGAUUAAAUCACAAAAACUUGAUCCGAAUAACUUUUUAACUGAGGGUAGUUUAGGCAUAUGGUAUUUUAUUAUGACAGAUGUAUACAGUACAAAACCAGAACUUUUUAAAGGUACAAAGUAUACUGGGAAGGAAUUCUCUUAUGAACUGGCAUUAAAACAUAUGCUGAAAUGUGAAGAAUUGGCUCCUAUGAGAUCUGUAAUAACACUGGCACAUUUGGCUAAAUGUUAUGCACGACUAGGAGAAAAAGACAAAGCGAAAGAUUAUGCUCUUAAAGUACUUAAUUAUCCUGCACAUCAUGUCGAAGCCGAUGAGGCUAGGAAAGAAGUUGAGGAAUUAUUUCAAACACUUAAAUGAUUACAUUGAUAAUUAUAGUAACUACUGUACUAUAAUGAGGAAGGAAUUAUAUUCCAUCACAUUAAAAUUAAUGAAGCGAUUACUAGUACUAACGUAUCAUAGUGUUUCAUGUAUAUGAACAUUCUACAAAUAUAUGUGAAGUGUGUGUAUGAUGAACUUUGUUAUUUAAGUUCUGUAUGUUCAAUUGAAUUGUUAACUGUCUAUCGGAGUGGCAGUAAACAGCCGUAUCUGAUCAUUUUCUCUAUCAUAAGAACAUUUUUCUAACCACAAAAGAAACGUGUUGCAACUACAGUCCUAAUCUAUCACCAUGAUUAUUAAGAUCAGAAAAGUUACAGUUUGAAUAUGUUAUUCACAAAUUUAAGCGAUUGAACUCAUUGUAUAUAUUAUUUGUUUUACUGGUUCCUGAUGGAAUUCCAAUGUGUACACGGAUUAGUCUGUGAAUAAUCACGAUUACUACAAUCCAGUUGUUAGUGCUUAUCAAAAGACUAUGGAAUAAUAUAUGAAAUGUGAACAAAUAAAACUUUUGAUAUUAUAUAUAUAUAAGCAAACGAACAUUUAGGAAACAGAAGUACUCGUAGUAGUCUCAAUUUAAGCAGACAGCUGGUUGUUUGUUUCAGAAGUGUUCUACCGAGUUAUGUCAUUUACAUAAAAUUCAGGAUAUUUUACGGAUCUGAAGUAUUUCAAAGAUUGUGAUGGGUCAUAUCACCAACAGGAAAGGAGUAACUUUCAAGACUAUUCUUUUGUUUUGAUUCAUACAGUUCAAUGUAGUGAAUUUACUACCUAGUCAUGGUAGAAUAUGAUAAUUCGUUCGGAAAGCCUUGUUUCUAAGCACCAAAACUGGCAUAAGUAAUCAAAUACUACAAUCCGCAUAUCGGUUGGUAAUCCGAUUGAUAUAUUGGAAUUAAAUGUAUGAGGUGAAAAUCCAAGAGCCAAUACCUUUCAAAUGUCUACACGUGCCUGAGGCUUCGUAUAAUACUUCUCAAUCAGUAAGCUCUUUGAUUUGGUAUGUUGAUAUUCUUUCGUUAUUCGACGACAUACAUGUAUUGCCUAGUACCGAUCCUCUCAGUUAUUCUGAAGUCUUUCAGAGUUAGAAGCACUCUCUGAAUCCACGGAAAUCUUUUUAAACAACAUAAGAUCCUAAUGAAACAUAAUUGAUGACAUAGUUAGUUCUUCUGCUUCUGUAAUUUUACUACUCGAAGAUCUCUUCUCUUAUUAGACAAAUCCUAUUCCAAGCGAGAAACUUUACCAGUACGAGAGAAAAGUCAACUAAGUAUUGCGACGGAAAUAGAAAGAUAAAUGUGAGUACAUUACCGCGUUUAUCCAUAGUACACUGUAGGCCAGGAUGAUAAAAGCCUUGCAUAAACGAUUAGCCAGUAAGCUUUAUUACUAUAAGCUUGCUAUCAGUGACGCUAAGAUUGACCAAGAGUUUGCUUAUUUUGUUCCGCUAGUAUAUGGAAAGUAUUUUUAGGCUUCAUAAUCGUUGAUAGUUAUUAUAUCAGAACAGUCUGAAAGUGUUUAUGAGACAGAGCAACAUACCUAAAAUCCCACUGCAAAUAACACAUUUCAGUACUUUCUUUGAUACUACUAAGACCAAAACCAGUAGCAUGUUUGUGAUGUGAAAAGCUUUGUAACUCCUCUAAUCGUGUGUGUUCCUUGUCUCAUAAAAAAUUAAAACAGGACAUUCUGUAUAUCUAGUGUCUGAUUUCUAGCUACCAGCUGCAAGUUUUCUUCUAAGCUAAAUACCUUAAGCUACACA